UCGGCGAGCCAGUUUGAAUGAAUGUGGUGAGCGCUGCAGAGCCUGAACUGUCGCUGUUUUAUGUUUCCACCUUUUCUCUGUCAAAACGUUGAGCUGUUAUCAAGCUGAGUAUAAGUUUAAUUUAAUUUAUUAGCAGCAAAGAUAAACAGCAGCGGCUAGCAUGGGGAAGAAGCCGGAAGCUGAGCGGGAGUAUGUUUUUUCUCCACUCAGAAACUUGCUGCACCAGUCCAACCAAACUCCAUUCGGAUAGACGUCGAUUUAUAGUUGCCUUGCUUUGGGGCGUAAACAGACACCCUGACUAACCUCGUUGAAGACAUUCUUGCAUCUGCAAUGAUCCACCCUUCAAUUCGGCACAUCCCUGAUACAUCUAGGAAACUGGACUUUAUGAGUACAAAGUCUAUGGUGUGCUCACCACCUGCACAACAGAGCUGUGUGCAGAUGUCUACAUGGACUUGACGUAUCGAAAAGAUUGGGAUGGAUAUGUGAAAGAGCUAUAUGAGAAGGACUUUGAUGGACAGUCAGCCAUCUACUGGGAAGUGAAAUACCCGUUCCCGCUGUCAAACAGAGACUAUGUUUAUGUGAGGGAGCGGAAAGACCUGGAUAUGGAUGGCAGGAAGAUCUGGGUGAUCCUUGCCAAAAGCUCCCCGGAGACACCGUGUCCAGAAAAGAGCGGCGUGCUUCGGGUCAAAGACUACAAGCAGAGCGUUUCCCUGGAGAGUGACGGAGCUGGUGGAACUAAACUUUUCAUGAAUUACUUUGACAAUCCUGGCGGAAAUAUUCCCACCUGGCUGGUGAACUGGGCAGCGAAGAAAGGGGUUCCAGGGUUCUUAACGGACAUGCAGAAGGCCUGCAGUAACUACAAAAACUACUGCCAGAAGAAAUGAGGGCAGCUGACGGGAAAGCGGCUUCUGGUCAAGAGCUUUGGUUGAUUUUUCUUUCUGUCUCUUUAGUUCUGGGAAGCAUUUUUAAAAUUGUAUAAUUACACUGAAAUUGCGUUUACGGGAUGAAUGUGGCUUUGUGUGGGCUGCUACUUGUUUUUUCUAGCAUGCUGUUGACUCAGGCAUGACGUGCAUGGCCGGCCACUCUGAUUAAAUAGCUGCAGGGAAUCAAUUAAAGUCCUUUGUGCUGUAUUGAUUAAUACUGUGUUGUUUUGUUUGUGCAAUCUAUGCAAAUUCCAAUCAGGAUUAAUGGGAUGCCGUGGGGUAUUUUUUAAAUUAAAUGUUUAUACAGAAGUUAUAGAUCAUUCCUUUUGGGCCUGUGUAGUGAAAUCUUGUAUAAAAUGCUCUGACUUUGUCUGUUUCUAUAAAGUCAUUUACUGUAAAUGUGACAGAUGGAUUAUGUAUUUAGAUUUACUGAAGGUUUGAAAACACUGGAAUCUGUUCAUUUUCAAUCCACUGCAUGUAGUUUAUUUAAUCUCUUUCUGUUUCCGAUGACGUGAAAAUGAGAGUACCUUCUAAAGGUUUCGGGAGUUUUAGUCAAAGAUGCAAUAUUAUCUCAGAUAUUGUGUAAAUUCAGGCUAUAUUUCCUGUUGAUACAGGUGAAUGUGGUUUUAUCUGGUCAUAAAAAGCCUAUUACUGUGUAAUAUUGCUUUUAUUGAUGUAAUUAAACUUUUAUU